CUUCCGUCUACAACUUUAAGUCUUCCUUGUUCGUAAACUUUGCCAUUGAACACAGACAUGCAGGAACGCACACGUCACUACAAGGGGAAAAUCCUAUAUUCACACAAAUACGAUUCAAUAGGACUUUCAUUUUUCAAAAUCAUUAUUACAGACAGGUCCAGCUGACUCAAGUCACGCGUUAUCAUAUGACCACGCGCUGUACUGGACCCUCUAUCAGUAUCCAUGGUAGUUAUAUCGAACAGAACAUCGCCAAGAUGGGCCGAGAGCUGACGGUGUGCGUUGUCGUCCUGGGGGUACUCUGCUGUCUGUCUGGGGGUGCGGCCUCGGGGGCUCGGGGGCCGGGAUAUCGGUCCAUCAACGGAGGGUCUAACUGUGCAGCAUGCACGGUCGUGAUUUCCUUGGUGGAGCAGCUCUCGGAGAUCUACAACGAGACGACAGUGCAGGCUCUGGACCGACUCUGCUCCUUCCUACCGACCAAGUUCCAGAAUGCUUGCAAAGCCUUCGCCGAUUUUGUUGGACCUGUUCUUCCUGAAUUCAUCUCUAAGGAGGAGAACCCUGACACCAUCUGCCACGCCCUCCCCUUCUGCCACACGGACCCCGGCCAUCAACGCUGCCAGGCCUACCCCUCACCAUCGACAGGAUUUGAGUUCGGUGUGCGCAAGCGCCGAGAAGUCAUGAAACAGCAUGGACUCUCCGUUGAAAAAGCCGACAUCUGCAACCUCCCAGGAAUCAAGGAAAUCUGCGACUACAUCGAUAACAUCUUCGACAAACACGAUCCAGGUGUUGAUGUCGACACUGAUGGCUUCAGUACAAUAGAGACGCUGCGAGGCACGUCGUGGAGAGGACGUGAUUGUGACGACAGUAACGGCGACAGACAUCCAGGCGCCAGACCAGUCAUGAACGACGUCGCCUUUGAUUCUAACUGCAACGGAAUUUACGGAUCCGACCCCACGAGUGGCAAGACCUACGAAGAGGUGUUGUGUGGGGGAACGGAACAGCGGGGCGUGGCAGUACUGGGGGACUCCAUUAGCGCUCACUUUCACCUCCCGGAGGAGUGGAUGGACGCACGGAAACUGUCCUUUGAUGUGUUCAAGCACUUACCCUUCAUCUUGGAGAACGAGAUUGACUGGCCCCAGAUGUCCUCGGCCACAGGUCAUGGUAACAACAGUUGGCCGGAAGUAAUCCAAGGACCAAUCGACUCGCUGUAUCUGAGACUUGCAGCCAGGAACCGAUGUAACCAUAGAGAUUACCAAAAUAUCGCCGUCAAUGGUGCCGACUCUGAGGGCAUGCUCAGUAUUCAGAAAAGCCUGUCACGGAAUCCUGUGAAGGACCAGCCUCUACUGACUCUGUACGCCCUUGUGGGAAACGAUGUGUGCAACGGUCACGAGGACACAUUCGCCGACAUGACAACACCGGCGGAGAUGCGUAACCACACCAUGACGACGCUUGCAUACCUCGACAAAGUUUUACCAAUGCACAGCCACGUGCUCCUGAUCGGCCUGGCUGACGCCCGCAUCCUCUACAACAGCCUCCACGACCGCAUACACCCUCUGGGACGUUAUCGCAACGACUUCACCUACUCCAUGUUGUACGACUUCCUCAACUGCCUUGACGUAUCGCCAUGUCGGGGCUGGCUACAGACGAAUGAGACUAUCAGGAAUAUGACUGCCGUGCGUGCCGCCGAGCUGAGCAACGUCCUGAAGGACAUCGCCACCACCGAGAAGUCCGCCUUCUCCUCAUUCAACGUCACGUACAUGGACUGCCCCUUUGAGCAAGUGUUGAAUCAGUGGAAAAAACAGGGAGGGGAACCAUGGCAACUUAUUGAACCUGUGGAUGGUUUCCAUGCCAACCAGCAAGGCCAGGCCCUGAUAGCCGCCGCGGUUUGGGAGGCCAUUGAACAGACGAGUCCUGCAGCGCUGGGCCAGCUCAACCCCAACAACGCCAAUAUACAGAGGAUAUUCGGCAACCAGGGCGGAUAUUGAGGGUUAAGAUGGCGUCACUUCCGGUUGCAUUAACCCGCCAUCUUUAAAUGGUAUAUUUAAGAUAAAGGGGUACGGGUUGAUGGUGUGUGUAUGCAUUAAGACCAUCAUUACUGACAGUUUGGGGCAUUAUUAAGUGAACGACUAUUUAUUUUCAAGACAAGCCUGAGAUUUUUGUUCAAGACAGCAAAAUAUAAUCGGCCCUUUUGAGAAACGAUUAUGUGUUUUAUAAAGGGGCAUAGGCAGCUCCUUGAGCUGACGCCGGUACUCGUUGAGCAGAUUUAUGUCCCUUUAUGUAGCUCCGUGGAUCUGCUACUCGUAUGUUCGAAUCCAGUUUAUGAUCAUUGGUCUGUCAGUACCAUACCCGUGAUUGUGAAAGACGUUAAUUUCGUUUGCCCUGAUAAUAAAAACGAAUUGUGAUUUCUAUUGCAAUACUGUUAUGUCAUAACGUUUCAUAUGCAACAUGUGUGAUAGACCAUUUGACCGGUGCACACGUGACUUCACGGAAUAUUCUAUUUAAAAUAUUUCCUUAUAACA